GUAUAUAACCGUACCCCGCUCUACGAUUGUGAUAAUACCCACACAAAGACCUGUCCUGGUUAUCGAACAUGGUUGUUAACGACACACGAUCGCUAGCAGGGUGCUGCUGGGAAUAUUAGCUUAUAAUUAAGUCAUAACAAGGAAAAGCACGUUACAGUGGAUAUAUAACGGCAGUGGUGACGUUAUCAAUAUUGAGAAGGAUACAUAUGUAUACGCAUGGUGACAUUAUCAAUAGCGAGAGGGAUACAUAUGUAUACGUUUGGCGGAAACAGCACACAAACAUAAUAUUGUGUAAAUAACAGGCUAUUUACACAAACGCCAAUGGUGGAACUAUGCACAUGCUCAUAUAUUUAUUGGUUAUCAUUAUCUACAGUACGACCCCCAGUUUUAUACGAGGACGUAUAGAACAAAGCCAGGAAGUAGAAAGCCAUACUAACUUAUUACAAGCAAUCCUCUGGGAGGAAAGGCGAUUUGAAGAUAUAGAAAAACGAGCCCAUGAAAAUGUGAUACCGGAAAGUACAUUAGAAUGUUGUCCGACCCACACACGGAGAAUCGCUCCUCUUGGGGGCCUUUCUCGGGAAAACAAGUUACUACAACUGUAUAGAGACUCGAGGACGGUGCAAAGGUUUUACGAAAAAUCCUGCUCACCUUUUAUAUUAAAUAGGUCGUGCCGAUUCAUAGACGACACGUAUUAUUCAAGAUGCAUUCAAGAUUAUACCUAUAUGUAUGCUAUAGUGAAAGAUUUUAACGUGACUCAGCCCUACAGGGUGGACUUCAUGCGUGUGAAGGCGGGGUGUUCGUGUAGGGUGGAGCAACAGUCGGCGGAAGUGAUAGAGCUUAAGUGAGACGUAUCUGUGUGCCGGAAGAGUGACCCAGAGGAAGGCAUUAAUAUGGAUAUAUUUAUAUAAACACACUGGCUUUAAAAUAUGUACCUGGUUAAUGUGCGUCACCUUUUAUAUUUUCCUUUUAUCUUCCAUUCUCUUAUGUUUAAUUUUUCGAUAUUACUUUAUUAUUCCAUUGCCUUGUCUGAAGAAAGGCAUGUCUUCAUUCCCCUUUCUUUUCAGCCCUUUCUCUAUGAACAUUCUUGAAUAAAAUCAGAAACAUACAUAAAGGUA